AUCAAAUUUACAAACCACGUGUGUUUUUUUCAUUCAUUCUCGCUCAAUUUUUGACUCAGUUGAAAGUUUUUUAAUUAUUUCUUCAAAAACGAUGGCAAAACCUAAAGCUGAUCAAAGUUUAAUUAGAAAAAUUCAAAAACCUAAAACACGUCGUGGUAAAAGAAUUCUUGAAAAACGUGAACCACAAUUAAUUGAAGAUGUUAAACGUGCUGUAUUGUGUCGUUGUUCAACUGCUAAUCAAAAAGGUGUUCAAUUACUCAAAGAUUUCAGUGCAAUUAAAAAACCAAAUGCAGUAUUUUUAAAUCGCAAAGAAUCUUGGCAACCAUUCAAUGAUGUUUCAUCAAUUGAAUUUGUGUCCAGAAAAAAUGAUAGUGCACUUUUUGCCUAUGCAUCAAAUUCAAAAAAACGUCCAAAUAAUAUUGUGAUUGGACGUACCUAUGAUGGAAAUGUUCUUGAUAUGGCUGAAUUUGAAUUCAAUAAUUAUCUUUCAUUGUCUGAAUUUCAAAAACCAAAAAUCACUUUGGGCACUAAACCGAUCAUUUUAUUCAGUGGUCAAAUGUUCGAAACAAUGCCCGAUCAUCAACGAAUAAAAUCAUUAUUACUUGAUUUCUUUACCGGACCUAAUGUUGAACAGAUUAAUCUUCAUGGUUUAGAACAUGUAAUACAUUUCAUAGAAAUUGAUAGUAUAAUUAGUAUGCGUUCAUAUAGAAUAUUAUUGAAAAAAUCUGGUUCACGUUUACCUCGUGUUGAAUUGGAAGAGAUUGGACCACGAGUAGAUUUCACAUUACGACGUACACAAUUUGCUCCGGAUGAUCAGUUUAAAAAAUCAUUGAAACAACCAGAUGCUGUAUUACGAAAACAAGGCCAGAAAAGAAAACCCGAAGAAAAAAAUAUAUCGGUCGAUGUUUUUGGUACAACUUUAGGACGUAUACAUAUGGAACAACAAGAUUAUAAUAAAUUACAAUUACGAAAAGAACGAAUUGCUUCUUUACGUCAAUUGCCUAGUCGUUCUUUUGUUGGUGUUGGUGUUCAAAGUAAAGUCAUACAAAGUCAUACAAACAAUAAUUUAUUUCGUAAUUGUGAUUCAAUUUUACGAAAUGUUUGUGUUUCAAGUUUUUGUAAAGUAUGACUUAAUUCUAAAUAGGGGGGAGUGUUGUAGUAUAUUUAGAAUUUAGUAAUUGAAUUAUACUUAGAUUAAUAUAAAUAUGUGAACACUUGAGUUAAAUAAAGCUAAGCGUA